UUAUUUUUGUUUUCCCUUUCCGGGAUAAAUCUCUCUUGGUUUUCUCAACAAGUAGCUUCUGAUGUUUCAAUAGGGUUUCCAUUUUUUCUUUGUUUUCACCUGAGACUCUCUGUGCUUUGGUUUUCCCAGAUUCGUGGCUCUUCCAGGUUGAAUUUGGUAGGUUUUUUUCAAUUUAAGGUUAGGGUUUUGUGAGUGCUUGUCAAUGGUUUGUUGCGUGCAAGUUUAAUUGGGAGUGUUCAUUUUCGUACCCGCUUCAAUUUCUUCGUUGAUUCUGUUGCAGUGAGAAAUGGGCACUUUCUGUUUUUGAUUUUUCCGUCGAAUAAAGAAUCAAAAUCCAAGCUUUUUCUUUUUUCCCUAGCGGAUUUUUGAUUUGGGAUGAAUUUUUUUCCUCUUGCAUCUUGGGCUUCGUAGUGCAUUGAGUUUGUGAGGCAUUUACUGGAAUUUGGACCCUGCGAACUGAACAAAGUGACAUGCUGCGAUGAAGCGUGGUGCCUGGAGGGUAUUCUCAAAGUAGCACUCUCAAUUCGAGGUUGAAUGUUCAAUCAGAGCAUGGAUUCUGUAAGGGGAUGCGGGUGAUGUUGCAGGGACAGUGCUAAUUCCCAUGCGGUUUGUGUGGCCAUAUGGCGGAAGGAGUGUGUUUCUCAGUGGUUCUUUCACACGGUGGUCUCAGCUUCUUCCACUGUCGCCAGUCGAAGGUUGCCCAACUGUGUUUCAAGUCAUUUAUAGCUUGCCCCCUGGUUAUCAUCAGUACAAGUUUUUUGUUGAUGGAGAAUGGCAGCAUGAUGAGCAUCAGCCUUUUGUACCUGGAGAAUAUGGGAUAGUCAACACUGUCUUCUUGGCUACUGAUCCUAACUACAUACCUGUUUUAACUCCAGAUAUUGCUUCUGGAAAUAACAUGGAUGUGGAUAAUGAGGCUUUUCGCCGUGGGGUUCGGUUGACGGAUGGUACAUUGAGUGAGGUUCUGCCAAGAAUAUCAGAUGCUGAUGUACAGAUCUCCUGUCAGCGUAUUUCUGCAUUUCUGUCUAUGCACACAGCUUAUGAAUUAUUUCCUGAGUCAGGCAAGGUUGUUGCCUUGGAUGUUGAUCUGCCAGUGAAACAGGCAUUUCAUAUACUGCAUGAGCAGGGAAUUUUCAUGGCUCCACUUUGGGACUUCUGCAAGGGACAAUUUGUUGGUGUUCUUAGUGCUUUGGAUUUUAUUCUAAUUUUAAGAGAGGUGCGUGCUGUCAAUUUGGAUUAUGGGUUUACAAUAUUUGAAAGCCUCAAUGCACUGGUGAAAAGUCCAAAAUACCCUGCGAAAGACACCCUUAUCGGUGUAGACACGUCGUUCGUCACAACACUCGUCCGUAUCAAUCUUGAACACAGAACCAGGAUUAAUCUGUGUCAUGUAGGUCAGCCAACCAGGUAAGAUGGCAUAUGAUUUAUCCCAGUCGCCAAACAACUUCACAAUGACCUUCAUUUUAGCCUUCCAAGCCUUCCUAUAAGAUAUGUUGUAUCCAUACAAACGCUGUACCCUCUCCUGAAUAAGAACUG